AUGCCCUCUCAGCCCGACGCCAUCUACGACGUGUCUGACAGGUUUGAGGAAGACUUUGAAUCCAUAGCCAUAUCCCGUCGGGCUGCAUCUGGAUCCGCUAUUGGAGAGAUGGGGCAACAUGGCUGUUUGGACCCAGCCCACCAGCCAUUCGGUCAACAGCUCGUUUCCCCGUCCCGUUUCUCCUAUGAACAGCCCCCAUAUCCUAGUGCCUCUCCUGCCUUCCGGGCGCCCCCUUAUCCACAUUUGCCACCCGACCCAGCCCCAAAUACCUAUUUGGACAACUCGCUGCGUACCUCCGGGUCGUCUUCCUCCAUCGGAUUCAAGGCACUCAAUCAGCCCUCUCGGCAUUACAACUCUUCCAUGGACCACCCCAUUGUCAAUGCUGGGAUUCCCGGGGCCAAUCACUUGCCGGGGAGGGAGGCGGCUGGGGUCGGGAGCAGCUUCUUGGUGAAGAGGGGGCGGGAGAGUGAGACCAUGACAGCGUACAAUUCGAAGAAGAAGAGCGCUACGUUCGAUCAAUGCAGGGGGGAGUGGGGAGGUGGCCAGACAGGUGCUACUAUGGGCUCCGCUGCUGGCUCGACCGUCGCCCAUCAAUACCAAAGCAAUCCACCAUCGACAUCCACUCCUUUCUCAAGCAGCAUCGACUCAAGCGCCGUUCCUCACCCCAUUGAGACGUCGGAUGCUUUCCCUUUCGGACCUCUCCAAUCCGGCUCAGGGAUCAAUACCACUCCGUCGGAGCUCCCGUCUUUUGGCUCUAGCGCGUCUUUCGAUACCUUCACAUCUGCCGGUAUUGACUUGAUGUACAACAACCAACAGCAGUGGGCCUCACCGCCAGGGUUCUUACAGCCACAACAAACUUCAGGGUUAGACAUGAUGGGAAUGGGCGGUGACUUCGACGUCGCGGGAAGGGACAUGGGGACCCAACGUCAGCAAGGUUCCGGGCAUGGGCGCGAGAUGUGGAUGGGAGGGGUUGGAAGGCCUGAGGGAGGUGCCUAUGAGCAAGUUCAGCACCAAGAACGUCCAGCCUCAGUGUCAGCUCCCAUGGCGCCAAAUCAGAACCAGCAGUCAGACAGUGGUAUCAGCCCCAGCUACGUUCCCCCAUCUUAUGUCUUCGGCCUUCCUGAUCCGGGACAGCCAUUGGCGCCACCAGCGCACAAUAGCAACGCCAUAACUGCACCCCACUUCGACCAGACGUUCCUCGAGGAUACCGCCUCUUCUCAAGCUGCCAGUCACGCAUCAGCAUUGCCAGUAACUCUUCCUCCAAACUCAUCACAGUACGCAUACGGCAUGAAUGUACCUCCAGCCGGUAGUGCGCCCGACGCUGCCAGCCGCUCAGCCGACGCCCAGUUCAUGCAGCCCCCACCACCCGUCACUCAAGGUAGUAGUCAAGAGCAAGCCGUUGCACCAUUACAGCCACGCAAUGCGCCACACCCAGCGCCCACACAUUUCUCCCCAUCAAAAUCUAAAGCUGCCAGCGACAAAGAAGAAUUGGGGUACGAGAUCAUCGGCAUCGGGAAAACCUUUCCUCCCAAAUUUGUUCACACACCCGCGUUGGUAGAGGCCUUCAACACCGUAUUCAGCACCGUCUAUUCGGAUAUCUACGCUCAAAAAGAGAGGCAGACGCCACGUCCCGGCGGCGUCACAGUCAUGGAAUCUCAAGCGCUCGCAAAUGCCCGCAGUCGACAGGAUAUUAUGAAGAAGGCGGCGGAGAUGCACUAUACAAAAACUGCGAAGCAUUUGCGUAUGGAGGGUAAAAACCAGGAGUGGUCUAUUCAUGAGGCGAUGAGGCAGACGGAGAUUAAGGCGCAAGAUGAGGCUCGAGAGAUACAGGAGAGUGUUCUGGCACAACAGCAGAUGCGAGAAAAUGCUCAGCACGCUGGUCAGGUCAACCCGCCGGCACCACCAGCUCCCUUCGCCAGCAGCUCACAGUCUUCCGUGGGAAUCACCCAAGGAACCUUAUCUGGCGACCACGGCUCAGCCGAGCAAUAUCAACCGCAACGGCACGAGGGAGAGUAG